AUGGAAAACAGCGACUUACAAAACGAGAUUGCAGCAGCGACGAAUCAUCUCAUAAAACUGAAUGCACUUGACGAAUUGCGCUUGGAAGACCCAGAGUUCAGUCGUCACAAAGCCGAAGAGGCGCCUGAUGCCAACCGUUACUUGAAUGUCAUUCCCUACGACCAUGCUCUGUUGCCGGGUGCAUAUCAGAAUGCGUCGCUUAUUCCACCAUAUUCAGGAAAUAGAAACUCAGCUUCAUGUGUCGCAUCUCAGGCACCACUGGCCACAACGCUAAGCCAGUUUUUCGAACAACUCCACGCCCAAAAAUCGAAAGUCAUUGUGAACCUGACGGCGCUAGAGGAGAAUGGGAUCGUCAAAAGCGAGCGUUACUGGCCACUAGAUAAAGAGACACCAUUUAUUUCACCUGAUGGACAAUGGACCGUAUUUCUUAUGUCUGAUCUGCCCGCCAAGGAUGCUUUUGAUAAAACCCAAUACGCCGAAGCUGCUUCUCUCCUUGAUCUACGCGUUCGACGGCUAAAACUGCUAUCAAUCAUGGGAAAGGAAAGAAAAGAGCAUGAGAUUACGCAGCUGCAUUUCAUUGGAUGGCCAGAUCAUGGAGCGUUAGCACCAUUGCACCUCCUGGCCUUGAUUCAGGCAGUCCGGGCAGUUCAACCUUCAGCAGUACCAACGCCCAUCUGGGUUCACUGUUCGGCAGGAAUUGGACGCUCAGGUACUCUUAUCGGAACCCUUUUCGCACAAGAAGAGCCUAUUUUAUCCUCAACAAACCAAUCAAGCAUAGAAACGACUGCGAACAUCACGGCCCAUAUGCGCAAGUUCCGACCCGGCAGUGUCCAGUCUGUGGGUCAAUUUCUUGCCAUGGCACAUGCUAUUGGGUCACUCCGUUCUGAGAAGGGGGUAUAA